CCCCCCCCCCCGUGUGAAUACCCGACGCCUCUUGUAGUAUAGAUGCACACCCAUCUUCGCGCAAACGUGUGGCCUACUGAAUCACUGUUGAAGACCGAGCUUUGGCAGGCACCGCAGGUAUCAGAACUUGGGGAGGUCUCGUACCUCCGUGCUGAAUCUAUCUCCAAAGCUUAUGGUCUCAAUCUGAAGGAUAUUGCGACGCUUACGCCUAAGUUCUGGAAGCUGCACCAAGACCCGAUCUUAUGUAUUGACGGCGCCGCAACCACCUUAUUAACUAUCCAUUACAAUCUGUGUCUCGGGACGCUUAGCACAUAUCUACCACGCAGGAACGAUCUAUAUCCGCUCGCGCAAAGCCUUGCUGAGUACCAGACAAUUGGUCAAUUCUGCCUUACCGAAGUUAGCCAUGGACUUGACGCGUUCAACUUGGGUACGACGGCAACCUUGCACGAAGAUGGGAGCUUUGAUCUUCAUUGUCCUACUGCAGCCAAUGCUAAAUACAUGCCGCCGACUAUUCCUGUGCUCAGCCGCCCCUGCAUCGCCAUCGUCUUCGCACAGCUCGUCGUCGACGGCGAGAAGAGGGGCAUCCGCCCUUUCGUAGUCACCCUGAACGACGGAAAGUCCAUGUCUAAGGGGAUUUCGGCGCAGCUUGUCCCCACCCGACACGGUGCCGCGCCCGUCAAUCACGCCAUCACUCGAUUUGAACAUGUUACGCUGCCCUCGGCGGCCCUCCUCGGCGACCUCGAAAAGUCGGACUCGCCGCACCAGGACUUCCUCCAGGCCAUCUGGCGCGUCGCUGUUGGCACACUCUCCCUGAGCGCGACCACUAUCCCCCUGCUCCAAAUUGCGACGCUCAUUGCAUUCAAGUAUUCCGUACGCCGCAAGAUCGGCGGGCCCGAUGGCGCGCCGCUGCCUAUCAUCUCAUUCCGCACGCAGCAGAUGCCCAUCUUCCAUGCGGCGGCGCAGGUGUACGUUCUGCAGGCGCUGAGCAAGCACAUCAUCUUGCGCUUUGUGGACACGACGGCAGACCAUCGUAUGAGACACGCAGCGGCGACAAUAUUCAAGGCGGCCACGAUGCGCCAGUUCCAGACUCUCCACCUCGAGCUCUCUGAGCGAUGCGGUGCACAAGGCCUCUUUGCUUAUAAUCAGAUUGCGUCACAGUUGAGUGACUUCCGGGGCAUGACCAUUGCAGAAGGCGAUAUCCUCGUGCUUUCCAUCCGUCUUGCUACUGAGCUACUCCUUGGCAGAUACAGUCUUCCUCCGGCCGCGGAUCCAGAGAGCCUCCUUGCGAAGCACGAAACCUCUCUCUUCGACGAAUAUCGCGACAUCGCCAGAAAACACGGUCAUCGCAGCAAGGCAUUCGCAUCCCUCGUUCUUCCCCGCUGCUUGUCACUCGUAGAGGCCGUCGGGGCACGCAUGGCAUACGAGGCCGCGCUCGCCGAAGGAGUUCCAAAGCCGCUUGUGGAUAUCUACGUUACCCACACCAUCAGGGAGGAUCUUUCCUGGUACGUCGAGGCUGGUAUGCUUACCCGUGCCAGCCAUAUGGAGAAGGAGAACGACGCCUUUGAGGCAGCGUUCCCUGUCAUGGGAGGAUACAUCAACGGAAUGGGCGCGGCGCCCUUCGUGCGCGCUCCCAUUGUCAGCGAUGCGAAGUGGGAGCAAUUCUUGAAGACUCUCAGAGUAUUCAAGCCACCGGUCUCCAGUGCUGUGAGGCUCUGACUGGCUCACCGUCGUACUCGCGACGAGGCUUACUUAUCACAGAAGCUUCCGCGGAGGGCGCGCUCGAUAGGAUACUCGGGGAGUCAGUGAUGUCGUAGUAGAUAGACAUGACGCUGCACAGGUCCUCGUUUUCUGAUGAUGUUGAGCGCUGUGAGUCGAAGACAACGCAGACGACUCGGAUGCGUCGAUGUAUUUGUCACGGUGUCGAUUGCUGAUCCCAUAUUAGACACCAGCAACAUAGGCCUAGUUCAUAAAUCUCACUUCACGUUCGCACCCAGCCUCAGCCUGGCCCCUGGAUGAGUACCAUCGCGCGGGCGGUAAGCCACCGAGUGAAGGCGAGAUACAGAGC